AUGCUGUCCGCCGGUCGAUUGAAUGUGGAAAGUGUGCGCCCAGGUGGAGACCAAAUCACGCCAUCCAAUGUGAACGUGCCACGGGGACACAUUGUCAAUAUCACCUCAGUGGCCGGGGCCAUUCCUGGAGUGGGUUUGUCGGAUUAUUGUGCAAGCAAGGCGGCUUCAUUGCGUAUGUCAGAAUGCUUGGAGUUGGAGUUGCGUCAGAUGGGCCUACAAAAUUCCAUUCACGUUACUAAUGUACUACCAUUCUUAAUGGACACGAGGUUGUUUCGCGGAUCCCAGCCUUUACGACAGUGGUUGUUCCCCAUCGUCAACUCGGAAUACUGUGCUCGUCGUGUGGUCCAAGCUGUGCGCUCGAACGAACGUACUGUUUAUGUCACAGCCCGAUAUCGUCUUCUAUCCAUCAUCAAAUGGUAA